AUGCUUGCUCUAGCUAGAAUUUCCAAUACAAGUCAAAUUCGCGCUUCUUCACGAAUAUCAAAUCUCGAAGGGAACCGAACACUCGACGAAAAUGCUCGACGACACAGAAGAACGCGUCAAUUGGAUGGUCUAGAACAAGACAAUGCUCACGAGGAUCCACACGCUAACCUUGUGUGGAACAAAGCUGCUCCGAAGUUUGGCGAUGAAAUGAUCGGAGGACAUGCGGUGAAAAAAGUUUGCAAAACCAAGAACGGUAGGACUUCUCUCUUUUCGCCCAAUUUGAACAAUAAUGCAGUUUCCUUUUCUGUAGAUUUUUUUGAAAACAUUUUCCUUGUUUAAUAAUAUUUUCACUCUUUUUACAGAGAAACAUGGAACACCUAUUGGCGGCGAUAAAGCGAGAAAACGAAAGUUGGCAAGACCAGAAUUCAAUAAGCAGCGCUUCAAAAAGACGUUCAAUGGCCAUGUAACAGAGCAAAACAAAUCAAUUCUUGAUUCAACAGACCCCGAUUAUCGAAGGUGAGCUACGAAAAAUCCCGCAAAUGUAUUAUAGAAACGUAAAUUAGCAAAACGAUUAAUCUUAUAGUAAAUUAAAUAAAAAUACUCCUAAUUCGUCCUUUUUGUUCAGAGUGAGCGCUUAUUACUUAGCAACCGCUUCGCCCUCUUCGAAACCAGCAAGGAAGUUUUGUGCCGUGUGCGGUUCUUCAUCGAAAUAUUGCUGUACACGAUGUGGCGCCAAGUGAGUUGCCUUUCUAGUAUCAUCUCGUUAUUUUACCUUUUCGUAUAGAUAUUGCUCGAUCCCGUGCCGAGAUGUCCACAACGACACAAGAUGUAUGAAGUGGCUCGCAUAA